AUGGGUCUCCCCCUGUCCCUCCACGCGGAUACAAUCCAUGACCUCCUCCCAAGAGUCUCAUCAAUCAUGACCUGGAAAACCCUAGCACUAGUUCUGGCAGUGAUCAAUGUGAAAAACCUCCCACUAGUCUGGCACUUCCGCAUCCUCCACCACCUCUGGUGGAACAUCCGGCGCAAGCCCGGAGAUCCCCAUUUCCCACGGGGCAAAGCACUCGUCACACAUACGGGCAAGCCGACACACCCAGUGUUUGUGCCAUACGCCAUUACAUCACGCACACCUAUUCUAGAAACAGACUACAAUUUCCACAAGUCCAACAGCACAUAUUUCUCCGACCUGGACAUCUCGCGGACGGCGCUCGUCACGCGACUCUACACGCCGGGGCUCCGAGUCGUGAGCCAGGAGCUCGAUGUUGAGCUCGGCGAUGCUGCGCGGCGGGAGGGGAAGAAGCCGCCGGCGCACAAGAACAUGUAUGUUGCGCUUGGGUCGGUGUUUUGUUCUUUCAAGAGGGAGAUUAAGCCCUUUGAGCUUUAUGAGAUUGAGACCAAGGUGAUUGCGUGGGAUCAGAAGUGGAUGUAUGUUUUGAGUUUCUUUCUUCGACCUGCAAAGGCCGGGGGGAAGAGGUUGCUUUUCGCUACGGCGGUUAGCAAGUAUGUUGUUAAGAAGGGACGGCUUACGGUUCCCCCGGAGAGAGUGCUCAGGGCUAGUGGGUUUUUGCCAGAGCGUCCGGACGGGGAUGUGUUGGUGGCUCCAGAUAGUUCGGUCGAGGGGUCGGGGGUUGGGACGCCCGCUGGGGAAGGCAUUACGGCUACGGCUGGGGUUGAUGGGGCAUUGGUGAGAGAGGUUUUGAAGGUUAGUGAGGGCGAUAUUCCUGAGAAGAAAUUGGAGGAGGAGAAGAAGGCGAAUGCAGAGUCGUGGAAUGUGAGUGAAUGGACGUGGGAGAUGAUUGAAGAGGAGAGACGACGGGGGUUGGAGGUGGUGGAGGGUUAUAUCAAUAUGGAUGCGAAGCUACAUGAUGAAUGGGAGCAGUGA